UUUACUGUCCCAGAAGACACUCCAGAACUUGCUGCUUUUUUACGCAACUCCUCCAUCCCACACUCUGUUGGGCGGAGGGAAGCCAAAUUGGUGGAGCAUCAAAAGAACUCUGCAAAAAUACUGAACUGCACAAAUGUGGAAUGUUUAAUGAUAACCUGUUCAGUGGGGCUCUUGGAAAGAGGGAAAAGUGCUGCAUUGAAAAUCCGAUCUCGUUUAUGGGCUUCAACAUUUCUCCAGAGGAAAAAUUACCGCUAUGCUCUUUCCAUAAAUGUGUCAUUUGAAGUAAAGAAGAUGCCAUACAAAGUUCAGCCGGCAAAACUUCCUCAAGGAAGCAUAGCUAUAAAAACAUCUGUUAUUUGGGCUACUCCAAAUGUUUCCUUUAUAAUCCCAUUGUGGGUUAUAAUAUUGGCCAUACUUCUUGGACUGCUGGUGCUGGCUAUGUUGACCUUAGCUUUGUGGAAGUGUGGCUUCUUUGACAGACCCAGGCGUCCUAGAGAUGACAUGGCUGACAGAGUGCAACUAACAAGUGACAAGACUACUGAUACAUAGAAAAUGAGAGUCCAGAUCAAGAGGUUCGGUUCAUGAACCAGGAACCUUAGUUUGGAUUCAAGAUUGCCAAAUAGCUAUAAUUGGGCCUAUGCAGUAUUCUAUCCAUUCAGAACAUAGAUCGCAGAAAAGAAUAUUAUCUCUGCCUCAGAACUGAUGAGCAACCUUCCAUCCCAAAGGAGUAAAUGAAGAAGAAUUGUUUCAGUUUUUCAAAACUGAUUCUUCAUGAAAUCAUGGGAAACAUUAAAAGCAGUCAUAAACCCAAAUGGGGCAGAGAUGGAAAGCCAAAGAUGCUUAAAUGGGUGAAAGAUGAGCAAGACACAAUGUUCAACUCUACUGUAUGAUGGCAAAAUCUUGAGGCAUCUCCCUAAGGAUAGGAACUUUUAUAAACUCUGGCUCAGGGAGACAAGCAAUGUUAUGGGUACUAUGAAAGUACUUCCAAAAGCAAAAAUAGCCUUUCAAAAUAUUUCUUGAAAGUAAGGCACGCAAGUAUUUAUUUUCCAUCUUUUGUAGACUGGGCAUCCUAGCAAAAAUAGGGUCUGAAAUUUUAUAGUUUCACUAUUUCAUAUGUAAAUAGAGUGACUAUAUCCUUUGCAUUCCAUAUACCAAUUAUAAAUAUUUGGAAAGAAGCAAAGUUAUAUAUUAUUUUAUCGGAGGAAAUAUAUUAUAAAGAUUCAUAGAAUUGCAGGCCUUGGAAGUGAGCCUCAAUAUUAUCCUAAUUCCUAAGGCACAAAAUAGAAAUUUCCAUUUAUUUAAUGACACUACACCAUGAACAGAACUGAUUAAGAUUGUUUGCAAUAUCAUGAUUGUAAAGCACAGAGAAGUAUGGGACCCCAGGGAGAAGACAGAAGUCGAAAUGGAGAAGGGGUGUUGAAUCUGUAGAGAUUAUCUAUAUUCUAGUACUAUAAUCCAGUUCUUUCUAACAGGGGGCCCAAGUCACAGAUUGUAAAGGCAGGUAGAGAGAAAAGCCAAUUAGUAAAUUCGAUUUGGCAAAAAGAUUCCUAUGUAAACUAAGUCAAAUCAAGAAAUAAAAAUCCCCAAGCUUUCCUAAGAAAAGUUUUGUAGUUCACUAAUACUAUAGUUAACUUUUGCCUUGAAUGCAUGGAUUAUUCAGAAGAAUUAAACAUUUGAAGAUGUAUGGUUAAAUAAAUCAUUCUUAAACUCACUGUGGGACAUCUGGCUAGCAGAUUAAAUCUUGCAAAGGACCUUCAUCAAUUUUGUUCAAAGCCCUUUUGAAACACCAGUGGAUUUUUUUGUUUGGGUUUUUGCUCCCAUGACUCCUUCUAGGUGCAGGUAAUCUAGAAUUAUGUCUCUCCAAUAGGAAUGUUUUUCUGCUCUCUAACAGUAGACAGUUCAGAGACAUUAGUUCUUAUACAUAUAAGAAUUAUUCCAGCAACUCUUAGAGGCAUGGGAGCUCUCUCCCAUGGAAUGACUUCAGUACAGUGAGCAGAAUUGUGAACAUUCUUUCUUGUUUUUUUAAUGGAUUGUGUUUUUUUAUUGGGCCAAAUCCAAAACGAUUUCCAGUCCAUAGGUUAUGUAAUGAUAGGACCAAAGUAUCUUCCGUUGAAACAAAUUCAAAAUGUAUUUGUGUUUUUUGAGUAAAUGCAUUUAUUUGCAACCAUAGGUUUUAGCAAAAUAAUGUAUUUGUGCAAAUGGUGAAAAAGUCUGCAUUACGUUUUAUAGAAGUGUUUAUGCUUUUCAGCAUCUUAUUCUCUUCUCCUUGAUUGGUUUAUGGAUGUUAUGUCUAACACCAGACUUCAGUUGUUCCAAUAAAAUAAUCCUGCUAUUUGACCUGCCAAAACCAAAAACUAUUAUGUGAUUUCUGUUAACACAGAAGGAAAAAAAUAUUCCUUCAGAGCCCUAUCCCAUUCUGCUGCUGGAACUCUUUGAACAUGCUGACACCUUUUGUACACUUUUUCUCCAGUCAAGAAAUGAGUUAGAUGGCACUGUACCUGUUGAUCCUCUCUUCAAAGGCGGCUCCUGAGAAUAUGAAUUUCCAGCAGUUAACUCAGUAGCUAGAAGAAAGUUGUCUUUUGGGGGGUUUUUCGUUUACCUCCCUGUCUAGCCCACAACCCUGGGAUUCCUGGUGGUCCAGGUACUAUCAGGUCUGACCUUAUUUGAGUUUUUCAAGAUCAGCCAAGGUUAGCUAGGUGCUGUCACCUGUUUUUAAAAAUCCUGUUCCAUUAGCUGGGGUGCUACCAAUUUAAAAGUAACAAGAGGCUUUGUAGGAAUCAAAGAACCUUUGCAGUAGAGUAUUUAAAUAAGCAGUUGCUUUUUAAAAAAAAUAGAGGAAGCCUGUAAUCACUCAGCUAGGGGGGCAACCUCUGGCCCUUGGUCUAAUUUCAUCUGGCCUUUGAUCUAAUUUCAAAAGGCCUUUGCAAGUGAUGAGCUCAGAGUUCUGUAAGAACGAACUCUAUUCUCUAGCAAUCUGCUGACUGGUAAGGAAGAAGGAGUAAGGUUAAUGUCAAAAAGAGAGAGAGAAUAAAGGAGGUAUUAGAAAGGAGAGAGUGACAUUCCAUUCAUUUUUAUUCUAAUUUCACUGACUUUCUUUAGCUGCAUUGUAUUAGCAUUGUUCUCUGUUACAACCCUCAACACAAAAAAAGUUGUCGUGCACCUAAAGAGGCUACAAUAUUUCCUGUAGUUUUUGCCAUAGCCUGAGAUAUUGAUCUGAUUGUAAAGAGACUUAUUGUGAUCUUUGUUUCAGCAGACACUUACCAAGGGUGAGAGGGGGAACCUGUUGUACAAUGAAUUGAGGAAAAAUAGUCAAGAGUGGAGCAUUAACUGUUCUAUUUCCUCUGUAUUCAUAUAACAUGUAAGGGACGACUGCUUCAGCUAUAAAAGCAGUUCCUCCUUAACUGAUUAAUAUCCAUCUAAAGAAAACAAUUGUUUUUGUAAAUAGUAAAUAUUGAUUUAUAGUAAUCCAGAACAAUGACCUGGCCGCACACAUGUACAUCAGUGACACAUAACUCUCUUGGGUGAAUGAGAAUAUGUUUUUAAUUUUCGUACGUGCAAUACUUUUGUAUUAUCUAUGUACAUGGUGCAUGUUUACACUGGCAUUUGUGUUUCUUAAAAGAAGUUCAAAUAUAUUGAUUAAGAAAUUAAACAACU